AUGAGGCUCUCACUAUUCUCGCUUGCCUCGCUGGCUCUCGGCGUCUGCUCUGCUUCGGCAACGGGCGGCAUCAGAGGCCGUCCUCAUACACUCAUCAUCGACGCCCACAAGAGAGACCAGCUCCAAGAUGUAGUGACCUGGGACGAGCACUCGCUCUUCGUCCGCGGCGAGCGCGUGAUGAUCUUUUCCGGGGAGAUCCAUCCCUUCCGCCUGCCCGUCCCGUCCCUCUGGUUGGACCUGUUCCAAAAGGUCAAGGCCCUGGGCCUCAACGCUGUGUCAUUUUACGUCGAUUGGGCUCUCCUCGAGGGGAAGGCUGGCGACUUUAGCGCUGAGGGCAUCUUUGAUCUUGAGCCGUUUUUCGAAGCUGCGACCAAGGCGGGAGUGUAUCUCAUUGCGCGGCCUGGACCGUAUAUCAACGCCGAGGCCUCGGGUGGUGGGUUUCCUGGAUGGCUAACGAGGAUUCGAGGGAGGUUGAGGACCUCCGAUCCCGAGUUUCUGUCGGCGACAGACAACAUUAUUGCCAAGGCUCAAGUCACCAACGGGGGACCGGUCAUUCUGCUCCAGCCAGAGAACGAAUACACCAACUUUGAGGACGGCAGCAGCGACGAUGGAAAGUACUUUCAGUACGUCAUCGACCAGGCACGCAAAGCCGGCAUCGUCGUGCCGCUCAUCAGCAACGAUGCCAGGCCUGCGGGUCACAAUGCGCCUGGAACGGGUGUGGGAGCUGUGGAUAUCUACUUCCAAGGCGGUUCCUUUGACCCGUUUGGCGGGCCUGGCUUCGAGAAAUGCGCGGCCUUGGUUAAUCACGAGUUUGAGCGGGUUUUUUAUAAGAACAACUUCGCGGCUGGUGUCACUAUAUAUAAUCUCUAUAUGAUUUUUGGCGGCACAAAUUGGGGUAACCUGGGGCACCCAGGAGGUUAUACGUCUUAUGAUUACGGCGCAGCGAUUACAGAAGAAAGAGGCGUUGGGAGAGAGAAGUUCUCCGAACUGAAGCUCGAGGCCCAAUUCUUGAAAGUCUCGCCCACGUACUUGACUGCAACGCCGUACAACUCGACCGUGGGUGUCUAUAGCAAGACCAGCGACAUUACUGUGACACCACUGUUAGGGAAUGGCACGGGCUCGUUCUUCGUAGUGCGCCACAGCAAUUAUUAUAGCCUGGCCACGACAGACUACACCAUCCAGCUGCCGACCUCCGAGGGAAACAUCACCGUUCCUCAGUUCCGCGAGCAGCUCCAGCUCGGACGCCGCGACUCAAAGGUUAUUGUCACUGAUUACCCAGUCGGGAACACGACUCUUUUGUACUCGACGGCGGAGAUCUUCACGUGGAAACAAUACAAGAACCAGACGGUUCUCAUUGUUUAUGGCGGUCCCGACGAGAGUCAUGAAAUGGCGAUCAAGACAAAUGCGACGUCUCUCCUCGCUGAGGGAACCGGUGUUGACAACCAUCAUGUCAACGGCACUUUGGUUUUGAGUUGGGCGACUUCGACGACUCGCCGAGUUGUCCAAGUUGGCCAGCUGUUUGUUUACAUCCUAGAUCGCAACUCUGCGUACAACUACUGGGUCACAGACAAACCGGGUAGAAGCAGCCAGCCUUCCUAUGGGACGUCGAUCAUGAACCCCGAUUCUCUCAUAAUCAACGGCGGCUACCUGAUCAGAUCGGUCUCGGUACAGGGCGACACACUCAGGGUUCAAGCAGACUUCAACCGCACCACCGAGCUAGAAAUAUUGGGUGUCGACGGGGAGGUCACAAAGCUAGCAGUCAACGGAAAGCCACUUGAGUACACGACAAACAACCUGACAAAUUGGGUAGCACAACCAUCUCUUGUGGACAGCACUUUCACCCUUCCCGACCUGAAGGCGCUCAACUGGACUUCCCUCGACUCACUCCCAGAAAUCCGCCCAGGCUACGACGACUCGGCCUGGCCGCUCGCAGACCACACCACCACAAACAACACAGUUGCCAACCUGACGACCCCCGUCUCCCUCUUUGCUUCAGACUACGGCUUUCAUGCGAGCACCCUCGUCUUCCGGGGCUACUUCACCGCCGCCGGCACCGAAGACACCCUCAACAUCACAACCCAGGGUGGCUCCGCCUUCGCGAGCUCCGUCUGGCUCAACAACACCUUCCUCGGCUCCUUUGCCAACACCCACGACAGCCCCGCCGGAGACAACGCCUCCAACUACACUCUCGCGAACCUGACCGCGGGCGCGACGUACGUCCUCACCGUCCUCGUCGAUACCACAGGCCUGGAGGAGAACUUUAUAAUCCCGGCGGACGAGAUGAAGACCCCGCGCGGCAUCAUGGAUUACAGCAUCACGUCCGCGUCCGGCGCGCCGACGAACGUCACGACGUGGAAGAUCACGGGCAACCUCGGCGGCGAAGACUACGCGGACCGCUUCCGGGGCCCGCUGAACGAAGGCGGCCUGUUCUUCGAGCGUCAGGGGUACCAUCUCCCGUCUCCGCCCGCAACGGCGUUGACGGCGCAGCGCUCGCCGUUCGACGGCAUCGACGCCCCCGGCGUGGCGUUCUACGCUGCGACGCUGGACUUGAGCCUCCCCGCGUCGGACUUCGACAUUCCCCUGGCGUUCGUCUUGGACGACAUCGUGCCAACCAACGACACCGACGCGGCGGGGGCCUACCGGGCGAUACUCUACGUCAACGGGUUCCAGUUCGGCAAGUACAUGAGCAACAUCGGCCCGCAGACGAGGUUCCCCGUGCCGGAGGGCAUCCUCCGCUACCAAGGGACUAACUCGAUCGGGCUGGCCGUCUGGGCCCUUGGGAAAGGUGGGGCCAAGGUACGGAAUUUCCGGCUGGAUGCCGGGGAGGUGGUGACGACGGGGCGAGAGGAGGUGAAGAUUGUGGACGGGCCGGCGUGGAGCCAGAGGGAGGGGGCGUAUUAG